CUGCUCGCCCUCGGAUGAUUCGCGGAAAUGACGCCAUCAGCGGAGCCCUCCUUCAGCCCACCCCAAUAGGGGCGGGGCUCUACGUCAGCGCGUCCGUUCUCUCUCGUUCUCUCUCCCCCUCCCCGAAUCGGGAAAAACUCUGACCAGAUCGCCUGGCCUGGUGCCAGCCGAGGGAAAGGCUGCAGGAGCCUUGUGGACUGCGGCUGCGCAGAUUUAUUUAAUUGCCCAAGUACCACUUCUUGAACAUACGUUGGAGUAACUGCUGAAACUCUUAUUGACCAGAAGACAGUCCAUUUGUUUCCCUUCUUUUUUUUUUUCCCUCCUGCUUUGAGCUUUACUGUAACGGCUGAAAAACGUGGAAAAUAAAAUGAACAUGCCGUGGUCUUGAACAUAAUUUUUUUUGAGGAAAAAAAGUGGCAGAGCGAAAGCCAGAAUGGCAUCCAGAGAGAGGCUCUUUGAACUUUGGAUGCUUUAUUGUACAAAGAAAGAUCCAGAUUACCUGAAGUUAUGGUUGGACAGUUUUGUUUCUAGCUAUGAACAAUUCUUAGAUGUUGACUUUGAGAAGCUGCCUACCAGGGUAGAUGAUGUGCCUCCUGGAAUAUCUCUGCUUCCUGAUAAUAUUCUGCAGGUUCUGAGGAUCCAGCUGCUACAGUGUGUUCAGAAAACAGCAGAUGGAUUAGAGGAACAACAACAAGCCUUGUCAAUUUUGCUUGUAAAGUUCUUCAUUAUUCUUUGCAGAAAUCUAUCUAAUGUGGAGGAAAUUGGGACUUGCUCAUAUAUCAAUCAUAUUAUCACCAUGACAACACUCUAUAUUCAGCAAUUAAAAAGCAAAAAAAAGGAGAAGGAAAUGGCAGAUCAGACAUCUAUUGAAGAAUUUGUAAUCCAUGCACUGGCAUUUUGUGAAAGUUUAUAUGAUCCGUAUCGGAACUGGAGGCAUAGAAUUUCAGGACGAAUCCUUAGUACUGUGGAAAAGAGCAGACAGAAAUAUAAACCAGCUUCUCUCACGGUGGAGUUCAUCCCUUUCUUUUAUCAAUGUUUUCAGGAAAGUGAACAUCUUAAGGAAAGUCUUAAGUGUUGUUUGUUGCAUCUUUUUGGAGCCAUUGUAGCCGGUGGACAGAGGAAUGCUUUGCAAGCGAUUUCUCCAGCUACCAUGGAAGUUCUUAUGCGAGUUUUGGCAGAUUGUGAUUCCUGGGAGGAUGGAGAUCCUGAAGAAGUGGGUAGGAAGGUAGAACUAACUCUGAAGUGCCUUACGGAAGUGGUGCAUAUCCUUCUGACUAGCAGCUCUGACCAGCGUCAAGUGGAAACUAGCACUAUUCUGGAGAAUUACUUUAAAUUGCUAAAUUCAGAUCAUUCAGCUUUACCUAAUCAGAGGAGAUCCAGGCAGUGGGAAAGCCGGUUCAUAGCUCUACAGAUCAAGAUGCUGAAUACCAUCACAGCCAUGUUAGAUUGCACAGAUAGGCCUGUUCUUCAGGCCAUUUUUCUUAACAGCAAUUGCUUUGAACAUCUCAUACGACUGCUACAGAACUGCAAGGUGUUUCAGGGACAGUUGGAUUGUUUGGCUACAUCAACCAUUCAGGCUUUGACAGCAGUAAUGGACAAAUCUCCAGCUGCUAAGGAAGUUUUUAAAGAAAGAAUUGGUUAUACACAUAUGUUUGAGGUAUUAAAAUCACUGGGCCAGCCACCACUGGAACUUCUUAAAGAACUUAUGAAUAUGGCAGUAGAGGGUGACCACACUUCAGUUGGGAUUUUGGGCAUUAGUAAUGUCCAGCCUCUUUUGCUUCUUAUCCAGUGGCUUCCAGAGCUAGAAUCCCAUGACCUGCAAAUCUUCAUCUCUGAUUGGCUGAAAAGAAUUUGUUGUAUUAAUAGGCAGAGUCGAACUACUUGUGUCAAUGCAAACAUGGGAAUUCGAAUCAUUGAAGCCCUUGAUUUCCAUUCUUCCCUCCAUCGAGCUUGUGCUGAGAACUUGAUUGCACUCCAUGGUUCCUUGGGGAGUCAGUCAGUGAGCUCAGAAGAAGUCCGUCGGCUACUAAGAUUGUUGAGAGUGGAUGAAUUUGAGUAUAUUCACCCAUAUACCAUUCCUGUGACUCGAGCAAUCCUGACAAUGGCCCGGAAACAAAGUCUUGAGAGUGCGCUGCAGUAUUUUAAUUUGUCACACAGUAUGGCAGGAAUUUCUGUGCCCUCCAUACAGAAAUGGCCGGGGUCUGCCUUUUCCUUCAAUGCUUGGUUUUGCUUAGAUCAGAAUCAGUUGACUGCUGGCAUUGCUAACAAAGGAGGAAAAAGAAAACAGUUGUACAGUUUUUUUACAGGAAGUGGCAUAGGUUUUGAAGCUUUCAUUACCCAUUCUGGUAUGUUAGUUGUGGCAGUGUGCACCAAAAGAGAAUAUGCAACAGUAAUGCUUCCUGACCACAGUUUCUGUGAUUCCCUUUGGCACAACGUAACCAUUGUUCACAUGCCUGGAAAAAGGCCCUUUGGUCAGAGCCUUGUCUAUAUCUACGACAAUGGACAACAGAAGGUCUCUGCCCCUCUCAGAUUUCCGGCCUUGAAUGAACCUUUUACUUCCUGUUGCAUUGGUUCUGCUGGGCAAAGAACUACGACUCCUCCGCCAUCCCAAAUCCCAGAUCCACCCUUUUCUUCUCCCAUUAUGCCUCAUCGGACUUCAUUUGGUGGAAUCCUGUCAUCAGCCUCCUGGGGAGGAACAAGUGAAAAAUCAAAAUUGAUUACCAAAUUGAUAUCAGCUGGAACCCAAGACAGUGAAUGGGGCUGUCCCACAUCUUUGGAAGGUCAGCUAGGGUCUGUUAUCAUCUUCUAUGAAGCACUACAGCCUUCUCAGGUGAAGGCAUUAUAUUUAGCAGGUCCAAACUGUUUAAGCCCUUGGAAAUGUCAAGAGUCUGACAUGGCUGACCUGCCUGGUAAUGUCCUUCUUCAUUACACACCAAAGGCCUGCAAAAAUCCAAUCUGUCUUGAUUUAUCUACUAAUUGUUUCCAUGGAAGGUUAACAGGAAACAAAGUAGUGAACUGGGACAUUAAGGACAUCAUAAACUGCAUAGGUGGAUUAAAUGUAUUCUUUCCCUUAUUGGAACAAAUCAGCCACUUCAGUGAAGGGCAGAUCCCUGAAGGAACGAAUGAAAGCACAGUUUCUGAAUUGAUAACACCUGUAGAAGGAGAUUGGGUGGUAUUGACCUCCACAAAGACAUCAGAGUCAAGACUAGAGAGAAAUUUAGUUGCAACAUUUAUUUUGAUUGUGAAGCACUUUAUUCAGAGACAUCCUAUCAACCAAGACAAUCUUAUUCACUCCCAUGGAGUUGCAACUCUUGGUGCCCUACUUCAGAAGGUGCCAAGCACCUUGAUGGAUGUAAAUGUACUGAUGGCAGUUCAAAUAUUAAUUGAGCAGGUGUCAUUAGAGAAAAAUAUGCAGCUCUUGCAACAAAUGUAUCAGUAUUUACUCUUUGACUUUCGUAUUUGGAACCGUGGAGAUUUUCCUUUUCGAAUUGGUCAUAUACAGUAUAUUUCCACCAUCAUCAAAGACAGCAGGAGAGUUUUUCGAAAGAAAUAUGGCGUUCAGUUUCUCCUAGAUACACUUAGGAUUUAUUAUGGGAGUGGUUGUAAAUAUAAUGAGCUGUCUCUAGAUGAUAUUCGAACAAUAAGGACAUCUUUGUAUGGACUAAUUAAAUAUUUUCUGAGCAAAGGUGGAACUCAUGAAGAGAUACAAAGUAUUAUGGGUUACAUAGCUGCUGCCAAUGAAGAAGAACAGCUCUUUGGAAUUUUGGACGUACUCUUCAGUCUCCUACGUACCAGUCCAACUAGAGGUCAGCUUUUCUUACUGCUGUUUGAACCAGGAAAUGCUGAUAUACUUUAUGCCUUGCUUUUAAAUCAGAAGUACUCUGACAGACUAAGAGAAAUCAUUUUUAAGGUGAUGGAACAAAUGUUGAAAUGCACAAAUGUUUAUGAACGAAGUAAGCAACGUAUUCGACUCAGAGAAGUUGGCUACUCAGGAUUGGGACUUCUCCUCAGUGAGACAUCUGUUAAUACAUCUCUCGUGAAAAACCUCACCAAUCAAAUCAUAAAUACGGAUCCUGUUAUUAAUUUCAAAGAUCUGUUAUCUGUGGUAUAUAUAUCUCACAGAGCAUAUAUAAAUGUCAGAGUGGUCAUCUGUAGAAAGAUUCUGCAGAUUCUGCAGUCCCAACCAGAUGCAGCAUAUCAAGUAUCACAGCAAGUGGGUUGGCAAGACACCUUAGUUAGGCUUUUUUUAAAAACCAAUUUUGAAAAUGGAAAUACUCUUAAUAAGCACAGUAGGACUGUUUUAAUGAAAGACAAUGCCACAAAUAUUUCAGCUGAAGAUAUUAAGAGGAACUUCGAUGAAAAGACAGAUGAGGAAAAAAUCAGCUCUUUUGCCUCAACUAAUGUGUCUUCAGAUCAGUGGAGUUUGGAGGAUAGACACUCCCUAGACUCAAACACGCUAUUAUUUCAAGAAGAUAGCUCUGUAGGAGAAAUGUCUUUCAAAUCAGAGAAUCAAGAAGACUUUUGGCAUAAUAACCCUUCACAUUUGAGUUUAGAUCUCAGUGGAAUUGACUCAUGUGAACUGAGUGAUAGUGGAAGUCAGAUGCCAGACAGCCUGCCCAGCACGCCAUCCCCAAUAGAGUCGACUAAAUCAUUUUCUGUGCAGCCUGACAAAGAAAGUGGCAACACAAACGAUACGGGCUUUAGUGAUGACUUCUCUUUAUUUGAAAGCCAAGAGAGAUGUGAGGAAGAGCUUCUUCAAUUACUGACAAAUAUUUUGAAUUAUGUAAUGUGUAAGGGACUAGAAAAGUCUGAUGAUGAUACUUGGAUUGAACGGGGACAAGUGUUUUCUGCACUAACUAAACCAGGAAUAUCCAGUGAGCUGCUUCGACCUUCAGAUGAAAUAAAACUAAUUUUGCUACAGAAGAUGUUAGAAUGUGCAGUCUUAGAAAACAGAGAAGCAAAAACUAAUCCAGGAACUGCUAAAAAUGCCUUCCAACUCAUGCUGAUCAUACAGGACUUUCUGCAGUCAGAGGGACUAGUUAAUUCAAACAUGUGGACUGAAAAGCUUUUAGAGGAUAUAAUGCUGCUCUUCGACUGUCUGUCAAUCUGGUAUUCUGAAAGUCCUAAAUUGAUGGAACUCUCUCAAAUUCAGAUCCAGUUGCUUCUAGGAUUCAUUGGAAAGGGUAAUUUGCAGGUUUGUGCAAUGGCAUCAGCAAAGCUCAAUACACUCCUUCAGACCAAAGUGAUUGAAAAUCAGAAAGAGGCAUGUUAUAUCUUAGGGAAGCUGGAAAAUGUUCUAAGUCAGUCAAUCAAGGAACAAACUGAAAUCUACUCAUUUCUGAUUCCCCUUGUUCGUACCCUGGUUUCCAAAAUUUACGAGCUUCUCUUCAUGAACUUACACCUGCCUUCUUUACCUCUUACCAAUGGUAGCUCCUCCUUUUUUGAAGAUUUUCAAGAAUAUUGCAGUUCAAAUGAAUGGCAGGUUUACGUAGAAAAAUAUAUUGUACCUUAUAUGAAGCAGUAUGAAAGCAGUACAUUUUAUGAUGGUCGUGAGAAAAUGGCACUUUAUUGGAAAGAUUGUUAUGAAGCCUUAAUGGUGAAUAUGCAUAAACGAGAUCGUGAAGGAGGGGAAAGCAAACUGAAAUUUAAGGAAUCAUUUGUGGAGCCAUUUAACCGAAAAGCACGCCAGGAGAACCUGAGGUAUAAUAAUAUGCUUAAACAACUUAACAGCCAAUGGUUAGCCACUCUGAGACACUGGAAGGCAAUACAGCUCUAUCUUACAUGUGAAAGGGGACCUUGGGCUGAAAGGAAACAGAAUCCAAUUCACUGGAAACUAGCUAACGUAGAAAAUUAUUCCCGCAUGAGACUUAAAUUGGUGCCGAAUUAUAACUUCAGAACCCAUGAGGAAGCUAGUGCCUUGAGAGAUAAUCUGGGUAUCCAACACUCACAGCCUUCCAGUGAUUCAUUGCUUUUGGAAGUAGUAAAACAAGUAAAAGUUAAUGAUAUGGAAGAGGAUAAAUUAGACCUUCCUGAAGACGACAUAACAGCCAGAGUAAAUAUUGAUGAGAAAGAAGAACAAGAUCAAAAAGAAAAAUUGGUGUUGACAGAAGACUGUGAACUCAUUACAAUAAUUGAUGUAAUUCCUGGCAGAUUUGAAAUCACUACUCAACAUAUUUACUUCUAUGAUGGCAGUGUUGAAAAAGAAGAUGGAGCAGGUUUUGAUUUCAAGUGGCCUCACUCCCAAGUUCGAGAGAUUCACCUGCGGCGUUACAACUUAAGGAGAUCAGCCCUUGAGAUUUUUCAUGUCGACCAAUCCAACUACUUUCUCAAUUUCAAAAAAGAGGUUAGAAACAGAGUGUAUAGCAGACUAUUGUCACUUCAUUCUCCAAAUAGUUAUGGAACCAGAUCACCACAGGAGGUAUUCAAAGCAUCAGGAUUGACACAGAAAUGGGUGAACAGAGAGAUAUCAAAUUUUGACUACCUCAUUCAAAUAAAUACAAUGGCAGGACGGACCUAUAAUGACCUUGCACAAUAUCCUGUGUUUCCCUGGAUUUUACAAGACUAUACUUCAGAAGAGUUGGACCUUAAUAACCCAGCUGUAUUUCGAGAUCUUUCCAAACCAAUUGGGGUUGUUAAUGAUAAAAAUGCCAAAGCCAUGAGAGAAAAAUAUGAAAAUUUUGAGGAUCCAAUGGGCACUAUUGACAAGUUUCAUUAUGGUACUCACUAUUCAAAUUCUGCAGGGGUUAUGCAUUAUCUUAUUCGUGUAGAACCAUUUACCUCCCUUCACAUCCAGCUGCAGAGUGGAAGGUUUGACUGUGCAGACCGACAAUUCCAUUCCAUCCCUGCUACCUGGCAGGCUCUCAUGGAUAAUCCAUAUGAUGUGAAGGAGCUUAUUCCUGAAUUCUUCUAUUUCCCAGAGUUUUUGGAAAAUCAAAAUCAAUUUAAUUUGGGUUGUCUACAAGUUUCCAAAGAACUAGUGAAUGAUGUCAUUCUCCCCAAAUGGGCUAAGUCGGCUGAAGAUUUCAUCUAUAAACAUAGGAGAGCUCUGGAGUCUGAGUAUGUUUCUGCUCAUCUUCAUGAGUGGAUAGAUUUGAUUUUUGGAUAUAAACAGAGAGGGCCAGCUGCAGUGGAUGCACUCAACGUUUUCUAUUACUGUAGUUAUGAAGGAGCUGUCGAUCUGGAUGCCUUAACAGAUGAGAAAGAAAGGAAAGCCUUAGAAGGGAUGAUUAAUAAUUUUGGACAAACACCUUGUCAGCUGUUAAAGGAACCACACCCUCCUAGAUUAUCAGCAGAGGAAGCAGUACAGAAACAGACCAGAACAGACACUUCAACCCUAAACCUGUUUCAACACCUCCCUGAACUCAAGUCAUUUUUUAUAGAGGGAAUUAGUGAUGGUAUUCCACUAAUAAAGACUAUUGUUCCCAAAAAUCAGUCUCGUUCUUUUAUGUCUCAAGGCAGCCCUGAGUUACUGAUAACAAUAAGCAUGAAUAAUGUUAUUGGAACGCAUGGAUGGCUGCCUUAUGACAGAAACAUUUCUAAUUACUUUACAUUCAUCAAAGACCAAACUGUGACAAAUCCAAAAACUCAGCGUAGCGUGAAUGGUCCUUUUGCUCCAGGCCUCGAGGUCACUUCUAAGCUGUUUGUAGUAUCACAUGAUGCAAAGUUGCUCUUCAGUGCCGGACACUGGGAUAAUAGCAUUCAAGUGAUGUCCCUCACAAAAGGCAAAAUUAUCUCACACAAUAUCAGACAUAUGGAUAUUGUGACUUGCUUAGCUACAGAUUACUGUGGAAUACAUUUGAUUUCUGGUUCCAGAGAUACUACAUGUAUGAUAUGGCAGAUAACACAACAGGGAGGUGUUCCUGUGGGCUUAGCAUCUAAACCCUUUCAGAUUCUAUAUGGACACACUGAUGAGGUAUUGAGCGUUGGCAUCAGCACUGAACUAGACAUGGCAGUGUCAGGAUCAAGGGAUGGCACUGUGAUUAUACAUACCAUUCAGAAAGGUCAGUACAUGAGGACUUUACGACCACCUUGUGAGAGUUCUCUGCUCCUGACCAUUCCCAGUUUGGCUAUAUCUUGGGAAGGACAUAUUGUUAUCUACUCCAGCAUUGAAGAAAAGACCACCCUUAAGGAUAAGAAUACAUUGCAUCUGUUUUCUGUAAAUGGCAAGUAUUUAAAGUCUCAAAUCCUAAAAGAGCAAGUAUCAGAUAUAUGCAUAAUUGGAGAACAUAUUGUCACAGGCAGCUUACAAGGGUUCCUGUCUAUAAGAGAUCUCCACAGUUUGAAUCUCAGCAUCAACCCAUUAGCCAUGCGAUUGCCUAUCCACUCUGUUUCUGUAACCAAAGAAUACAGCCAUAUUCUUGUAGGAUUAGAAGAUGGCAAAUUGAUUGUAGUGGGUGUUGGCAAGCCAGCUGAGAUGCGUUCAGGUCAGCUUUCUCGAAAAUUGUGGGGAUCUAGCAAGCGACUCAGCCAGAUUUCAGCUGGAGAAACUGAAUAUAAUACUCAAGAUUCCAAGUGAUUGUUGUUCCUAUCUUCUGUCAUAGAUAACUGCAGUUGAUUUAUGCUUUGUCACUUUAACCACAUCUCUCAACUAUCUGGAAUGUUUCAGGGCUUUAUAUCCCUGAAAAUCAUUUAGGGAUUAUCAAAAUUUGAUAGGAUAUGUCUAUAAAGGUAUAGGUUGUAUUAUUGUCCACUUAAUAAAUUUCUGAUUAGAUUUGUUGAAUCCAGUCUUAACUAAUUCUUAGUCUAUACUAAAUUGGAAUUGAGAAAAUGUAUUUGGUUAGAUUUAGUGGCCCAUUGCUAAGAAUCAUUGAUCAGUUUUUUUAAAACAAAAUUCUAAAAAUGAAAUUAGGCCCAAUUCGAUUAUUCUAAACAGCAAAGUAUAAGGUAUUUUUAAUAAAACAGCACAGAUAACUGAGAUAGUUGAGAGACAUGGCUUUUAAUACAUUCUUGAGUUAAUCAUUUUCCUGUUUGCUGACCACCAUAUCAAAAAAUCCAUCAAUUUAUUUAUGGGACUCCUGAUUGAAAGUAAUAUUUUAAAGGUAUUGGUUGCACAUUUAGAUUUUCAAAACUCUAUAAAUUCCAGGUUUCCAUGAUAAGAUGAAAAUAAGAAUGUUGAAACUAGUACAAAUGGUUCAUUCCACGACUACUUAGCAUGUUACUUUUGAGAAUUUACUCAGAUGUAUUAUUAUCCUUAAAUAAUAAAGGUUGAUGAGGAAGAAGAGAAACUAGAGAUACAUUUUCCAGAUGUAGUUCAUUUAGAGUAUAAUUAAACAAAAAUGCUGAUUGUGAUUUUGACAGUUGGGUCCUUUAGGUAGCAUUUGCAGCACAAUUUAUAUCUGCAAAGUUUAAAAUUUAUUGGCUUCUUCUUUACUAAGCAAAUAGUGUGGGGUUUUUUCCCUAAUAAUUAGAAGAGUUAGUAAUAAUAUCCACAUAUAUUACAUCUUUACCUAUGACUUCCGUGUGACUGAUGAAUGAAUUGAAAAGACAUGCAUAGUUUAAAGUAGUCAUUUAGAUAUAGUACUUUUUAAAAAUACACGCUUCUAUUUCAUGUUAUGUUUAACUUGUAGGAUUACCAUUAAUUUUAUUACAUAUAGCUAAAUGUUACAUUAUGUAUUUGUUAUUCAAGAUUUUAAAGUGAAAGGUUGAUUGAUUUAAAUUAGAAUCCAAAGAGAUUGUUACACCUCAUGCUUUCAUCUUUUGAGUUAGUUCAGAGAGCUUUUACAACUAAGAGUGUUCUUAAUCCGAGAUUCCAUGGUUUUGGGGGAAUUGAUACAUCCCCUGAACUUGCGUGGAAAAUUUUUAUGUUAACUGUGCUUUCAGGAAAUAGUGGUUCCAUGGCUUUCUUAAAGAGAUCUGUGACCAAACUCAAGAAAAAAGUGAAGAAAAACUUAAGAAUAACCUUUUACAAUAACAGCUACUUAAAAUGACAAUAUUUUUUAUUCCACAUAUCAUGUCCAAUUGUCUUCUCAAUUGAAUCUUUGAGAAGUUUUCCCUCUGCAGUUCAUCUGUCCAGUUGACCACAGUAUCCAGUACCCUUUUCUUUAUAAUCCUAUGAGUGAGUAAAGUAAUUUAAGAAACAAGGAAAGCAUUCAACUUGAGGAAGCCUUUUUUUAUGUAUGGAUGUUGUUUGUUAUGGGUCAGGACUAAUAAAAAGUUAUAGAAGAAUUUGAUUUUAAAUAACUUAAAUCCUAUGUUUUAUUCAAUAAAUAUAUUUAUGUUUCAGAGAAAUAACUCUGAAAUUAACUAAUGCAGGAAGUGUAAAAUAGAGCAUAUGUAAAUUUGAAGGUUUCCUUUUUUGAGGACUUCAAGAAUUGGUAUUGAAAAAAGUCUCAAACUAAGUCAAUAGAAAUAAUUAUGAUUUAUAAGUAAGGCAAAUUGCUUCUAGUAGCUUACUUCAUUUUAUUUUCAUUUUAUAGUUUAUUUUGCAAUUUCAGCGUAACCAUCAUGAUUGAUUUUUGGUUUUUAAAAUACUAAUUUUAAUAACCUGUCUAAAUCAAAACUUUGAAAAUCUUUUGGUUAUUUAUCCAGAGAUUCUAAGGAUGUCUUCUUUAUUCUCUAUAUUUAAUAUCACUUAAUAUUGGUUUUGCAAAUUAUUUUUUGAUGCUUAUAAGUCACAAAAAACUGUACUCAGAUUACCAGAGAAAAAAAUCCUAGAUGUAUGCUGUUUUACUGUGCUGCUGUUUAGGUGGAGAAACUGAACAAACCGUAUUCAUUUUAUAGCACAAAUAAGAACAAGUUUUGUUCACAGUAGAAUUGAUAGUCCACCUAAGGUAGUACUAGAUAUUCAGAACAGUAGAAUUACUCUUUUUAUUACUUCUUCAAGAAAGUAAAAAUCAAAAAUGUGGAAUUUUUAAGGAAAAUCUUUGAGAAUACUAACAGCCAUCUAAAAGAAUGGAACUUAAAAGUUAUGUCUUAAAAUAAGUAGAUACAAUAGAACUAUUAGCUGAGUAAUAUAUUCCUCUUUUAAAUGGUAUAGCACACAGAAUUAAAACUCACUAGAUAAAAUCACUGACAGCCUACACUUUUGGGGAGUCUUAUGUAUUUAGAUGUUAUCCAUAGAAAUUAUAUUGUAUAAUGAGAAAAAUUAAUAGUAUCAUUGCAAUGGAAUAACAGGUGGACAUUUCAGUUGAUGAAUAUAGUAUCUCUACUUGACUGUUAUAAAGUCUCUUGUCUUUGCAGAACUUUUCACCAGCUUUUGUUUCUUGACACUGGUGAUUAUGGAAAUAAAAAUCUUAGCAUACUGGCGAUGGGAGAGAUUUAUGGUAAGAUAUUGAUUUUAUUUUUAGAAAGUAAGAUCAACUAUUAAAACAUAUAGCUGUCCUCAUUUAGAGAAUAAAGAAGCUUUAUAAAAAAGUUUUUUUCAACUCCCUCAAUCAGUAUUCUGUCAUUACUUACAUAAAAUUGGAGGAUUGAAGUAAAAAUAGAUCAUAACAUGAGAUAAGGAAUAUAUGCAAAAAUGAAGCUUGGCUAGUUGUUUAAAUUCUUACUUUUUAGCCUCUGAGGCUUCUGUCAGCCAUGAAGAAAUUUGUCAGUUUCCUGUAGGUUACAGCGCAUCUUUUUGUAGUAGAAAAACUGCCAAUUCAUUUUGUCAUUAGCAAGAAAUGUUAGUGAGGGUUCAUCUUUUUCUCUAUUUAGAGCAUAUAAAAACUAUCUUUCAACAAACUGGUACUGAGAAUUUAUUUUAUGCUUCUGAAAGGAAUGAGCGUGCCCUCGUAAAUAGUUAGAAUAUAGAUUUGAAAGCUGAAUCUUAACCUAAGACUUUUGUAUUUUGUUUGAAUAAGAGUAAGCAGGGAAAAUUAUUAACUUGGAUACCAGAUUGUAUUUAGUGAAGAUAGAGACAUGGCCUUUGCCAUAUACAUUUUAUAUAAUUAUUAUUAAAUAAAUCACUAAUGGAAAUCUUUUAGUUGAAUUUAAAGAAGUUAGCUCCUAUUUAUAUAUUUAUAUUUAUUAAAUGAGUGGCAUUGUCUUUACUGCCUUUCCUGUGAAAAGCUGCAGGUUCAUGGACUAUAUUAAAUAUUAAAUAAUAUAAUAUGUGUAUGUGUGAGUGCGUGUGUGUGUAUAUAAAAGUUGGUCUCUACAUAUAUAUUGUUAAAACUGUCUUCCAUAAAUAGGUUCUUAAACCUGUCUUCAGGAUACAGGAUACAAUUGUUGAGUAGCAUAUAAGAAAUGAAAUAUAUUCUUUGUCUUUUUAAGUGUAAUCUCGUAUGUUUUCUUGCAUCAGCCAGACUCAUACGUUGUCCUAAUUAUUGUUCAUCUUAACAACUAAAACUUUUUCUUCCCAGUAAGAGACCAUUACCAUUCUUAACAAAUAUCCAUUCUCAAUAUUCUCUAUUUGCCUAAUUCAUAUGUCAUAUAUAUUCAGCAUUUGAUUUGUUUCAAACUUUGGCCCCAUCCAUUACACUGCUCCAUAGAGCUUUCCUGUAUUUAUCAGAGUCCUGGUGGUGCUUUGCCUGAUGACAUUAGACAACAAUAAAGUGUUAUCAGUCAUCAUUUUAAUAUAAUUUAAAAUGUUUACUUGGCCACACUAUCUUUAAUUUGAACCUAGCAUUUUCUUAGUUGUUCAUGCCAUUCAGACUUGUCCAUGGAGUUUUAUAAAUACACAGAUGUCUAGGCAUUAGUCGGGACUUUCUGAAUCUCUUUAUGUGAUAUUCUUGGUAUUAAAAAAAUAUGUCUCAGGAUUAUUAUAUCUUAAAAUAUUUUCCUCUAUAGAAAUUAUGUCCAUUCAUUUUUAUAAAUCAGAUAUAACAUUCACAGGCUUAUUUGAAAAAAGGUUUAAUCAUUAUCUUACAGAUAUUUUGUCUAAAAUUUGCCGAGCAUGGCUUUAUUAUCUUCAUUUUACAUGCCACAGAAACAACCAAAUUUCCUUUUUAGUUUUAUUAUUCUUAUUAUCAACUCUCUUCAGGUCUUUUACAUUUGAAAAGUUUAAUAGUUGCUUCCAAGAAAGGGUGUUUGUUUGCUGGUAUUUGUUCCUAGUGACUGUCGGUGAAUAUUUUGCACACUUGAAUUAGGUAAUAUUUUAGAGUAUUAAUAAACAGCAUGAGUAACAAAAUACUAAAUUUAAAACAUGAAGUUUUAUCUUUUGUAGACUUAAAGCUUGUAAUUUAUAGAAGUUUCCUAAUUAAAAAGCAUUGGAAAAAAUUCUCCAAAUAUUUCUGAUGACUUUUGUAUGUAUAGCCUCUGUAUGGAAAUAUUACAAAAAGACCUACUAUUACAGGGAGUAACGCAUUAACAUUUAAGUUAUUCAGGCCUAAACUGGAAAUGAUUCAUUUUACUAAGUUAAAAAUAUAAGGCCAUCUUAGAAUAUAGGAGUUAUGGAUUUUCCACAGUAUAAGAACCUUGUGUAAAAAUGGCUAUAUUUUUUUUGGUAGAUUGUGGUAAUUUUU